AUGGCUGACGUGACGUCGAACACCAAGUCGCAAGGCGGCGUUGCACCCAUGCAAGGCUCCUACCCGGUGGCCUCGCGGCGGCAUAAAAAGUACCACCACUGUGACUGCUACGGGCACCCGCUGGGGCUUCCUAACUACAAGCUGCUCGCGCAGCCCCGCACGAACAACUACUACCACGCGACAGGCGGCUGUCCUUGCAUCCCGCGGGCGGUGGCUCACCCGGGGAGCUGGCGCCUCAAGUCAGCGCAGCUGCGCUCGGCAACCUCAGUGCAUCCCGUGAACUGCACCAAAAAACGUUUCGGACCUACGUGCUGCGUGCACACGGGGCAGACCUACGGCUGGAAGCCGGGUCCGCACAUCGUCCUGGCGAAGAACACGGCCGCCUCUGGUCUUUGCGACACCUUCGGCAACAUGGCCUUUAAGCGCAGAAUGGAGGCGCGUGACAAGGACAGUGACGUGAGCAGCGUCUGUCCGCAGAAGCUGGAGGACCUGGAGGCCCUCAUCCUCGAGGAGCACGAGGCACGCCGCAAUGUGGAGAAGGACGUGGAUGAGCUGAAGGAUAUUCAGCUGAACGGCACACAGGACGACUACAAGCUGGACUACCGGAAUGAGAAGCUGCGGAAGGAGGCGGCGGCGGCGUCAGAGGCGCAGCUCCACGACCUUUUGCGUGAGGUCCGCGGUAUUGUUAAGCGGCCGCUCAACCAGACCAACAUGGGCAUCCUCCGCCGCGUGGUGGAGCGCCAGGAACGCCUGAUGCAGCAGCGCGCACUAAAGGCGAGCGAGGACUACCCUCAAAUUGUGUAUCCGUAG